UUGUAUAUCCUUAGUUUCUUAGGUUAGCUACCUUAGCUACCCGGCACCUACAUAACUGAGGUGAGUACUGUAGAUGCAGCAUCUCCUGACACAUUGCAACUUGAAUGAUGAUUGACUUAGGUACCUUGGUCAGCCUGUACCCUGGCAUGGUAUAGCAGCCUGGCGGAGAUUCGGUCAAGGAACAUCGGAUAGCCGGCCUUUCAAUAGAGAUUAUUUGGACGCACCAUUACUCAAAGGCGUUUAGUGAUGAGAAGAAACCUACCUUUGAAGGUAUAGUGUGCUAUGCCAACUACAUUGUAACUGCGUAAUACUACCAUUACGGCUCCUCCAACUUGGAUGUCAGUGUCUUGUGCAACUUGAAGGGCAUACAACAGUGUCCAAGUACAUGCUUUAAUCUAGCCACCCAAGUAUACGCUGUGGGGACCUAUCUGAACAUCUGCCUGAGACAGCUCGAUAUACCUGUACAGCGCCUCCGCUGCAAGCAGUAAUUCCCCGUCUAUUACUUGCCCGUCUCACGCCCUACUCUGGCAGGCAUGCCGCUCACGGCAAAGCAAAUAAUCGCCCACCCGGGAUUCAAAACGGUAGAAUGGGACCUACCACCAACAAAGCAAGGGAACUGCGAAGUCGCCAAAGGGCGGCCAGGAGGCCCGUUUAAGCUAUACUAUGAGGUCCACGGGACUGGACCUGUCAAAUUGGUGUGGAUCAUGGGUCUAGGAGCCUACCGAACAGCAUGGAAACGACAGACAAAAUACUUUGGACACGACCGGGCGCAGCGAUACUCGUGUCUCGUCUUUGACAACCGAGGCAUGGGACUCAGCGACAAGCCACUAUGUCGGUAUACGACGUCGGAAAUGGCCAAAGACACGAUUGAUCUUCUUGUGCAUAUUGGGUGGUUACCAUCAACAACCAACAAAUCCACAUCUCCAUCUCCGUCGACGCCGUCUUCAUCAUAUCAUCGCACCCUCCACGUUGUCGGCGUUAGUAUGGGCGGCAUGAUCGCGCAAGAACUCGGCCUUCUGAUUCCCGAAUCAAUCGCAUCGCUGAGUCUGGUGUCGACGGCGCCGCGGCUGGUGCGCACCAUUCCAUUUAUUCAAAACCUCCGGGAACGAAUGAACAUGUUCAUCCCGCGCGACAUUGACGUGCAACUCGAAGAGGUGUCGCACCGGUUAUUUUCCAACGAGUUCCUCGAGGGUCCGGAUACCGAACAGACGCCCGAGUCGGGUCUUCAGUAUCCCUCGAUGCGGGACCGGUUCUGUGCUAAUGAAUUGUCCAAACGGAUGGAUAAGGAAGGGUUUACGAAGAAGGGGUUCGUGCUUCAGGCCAUUGCGGCUGGGUGGCAUCAUAAAUCCGCCGAACAGAUAAAGGAACUCGCCGAUCGAGUGGGAAGAGACCGUAUUGCUCUCUUGCACGGAACAGAGGAUCGGAUGAUCACGUUCCAUCAUGCGAAUCUGCUUAGAAAUGAGUUGGGCCCUGGUGUUACUGUUCGUAUUUGGGAGGGGAAGGGUCAUGUUUUGCUCUGGGAGGAGGAACAUACUUUUAACAAGUUCCUCGAAGAGUUUUUUGAGCGCUGUGAGAGGUUGGAUAAACGUUGAUAUUGAGAAAUAAGGAAGAAGUGGCUUGGGAAAUAUAUAGCUAAGAGGGCUGCUGGUUUGGAUCAUAUCGUCAGCCACCACCCAGUACGUCGUCAUCUGAAUUGCCGAGCAAGAUAGGUAAAUGGUAGGAGAUGAGGGAAACGAGCGAAUUCGUGCUCGUAUGCCUGUGUGAGAUCGGUGACUAGAAUGUUGUACAGCUGCUUUAUUCGGAAUGACUGGAAUGCAUGGACUUGUAUGAGGCAGACUAGGAGUUUUCAUAGGUUGCCACUAUUGCAUGGUGUUGUCGAGGCUAUAAAUAACCAACAAACAAGGAGGAGUAUAGACUACAACAACUUGUGUGUUCAUACA